CCAAGUAAUGAAGAUUAAAUUUCAUGCAAAAAUCAAGAAAUUGUUCGGACACAAUGUAACCCAAAUUGAUGAUCCAAGCCCACAAAAUUUGGACCUCCGGGAAGAGUACGCUAAUGCAUUUCGAACGGAGUCUUAUAACGAUUUCUGGACACAAGUUCUUGCCCUAAACAAAGGGGAUCUCAUGACCCAUAGAAGUCUCGGGUCCUCCACUGCAGCCCGGCUCCCAUCCUAUCGCCUCUUUGCCGAGCAUCUUUUGGAUCCGGAUCAGUCCACCGUAACACGGAUCUUGGGUUUAACCCGAACCAAUCCCAAGAUUUUGUCGCUCUUAUCUGAAUAUUUUUCUAAUACUUCUGAUGCUUCUCAUUUAUGUGGGUUACUGCUCAAAGAUAUAGACCAUAUGAGGAAAAAACAUAAAUCCCUUGGAGAUCCAUUUGAGUCGCCUCAAAACGGGUCGGGUCCAGACAUCAGGCGUUUACCCAUCGUACUAGCCCGGGUGACCCUGUUUUCAAAAUCAAACCCGUUUUGCCUGUCAGCUCCAUCCAUGAGCCGUUUCCAAGCCGUGCAAAACAGCUGCUCUAACUUGCUUAAACAGCUCGAAACACGUCGCGACAAGACACAGUCCAAAAUUCGGCAGCUCAAGAAGCUUAAAUGUGGGUCGGCUGUUCUUCUUGUGGCUGUCACGGCUUCACUAUUAAUAGUCAUCGCGGCUCAUGCUUUCGUGAUGCUAGUGGCUGCGCCGGGAGUGCUGACAGCCUCACUUGAGCUGAUUUCAAUAGAUAACCUGGCUAGGUGGUCAGCUCAGCUCGAUGCAGCAGCUAAAGGGACGUACAUACUAAUGAGAGACUUGGACACUAUAAGUCGGCUAGUGGCUCGGCUGAACAACGAGCUGGAGCACGUGGAAGCUUUGAUUCAAAUGUGGGUAGAAAGAAAGGAUGAUCGGCUCCAAGCCAGUGAAGAAGUGGGUUAUCAGCUAAAGAAGAACAACCAAAGCUUCAUUGAACAGCUUGACGAGCUAGAAGAACAUUUGUACCUAUGUUUCAUGACCAUCAAUAGAGCUAGAAACCUUGUGAUUAAAGAAAUUCUGAAUUCUGGAACACCAACCUUGAAUUCAACUCCAUCACCCAAAUAAUCCUAUAUAUUAUAUUUCUUUUCAAUAAAUAUAUGCAGAAUC